CCAGCCUGCUCUGCGGCGGGUCCAAGUGCGGCGGACUCUGUCGGGAGUGAAGCCGGAGCUUGUAAGUUGUGAGGGCGAACGAGUGAAGGGAAUCGUCUCCGCGUCCUCCCGCAGCCUUUGCCCGCCGAACCCCCGACACUCGGCCGCGAUGGAGCGCUGGAACGGACGCGUGGCUCUGGUUACCGGAGCCUCGGUGGGGAUCGGCGCCGCCAUCGCCCGGGCCCUGGUCCAGCACGGCAUGAAAGUGGUGGGCUGCGCCCGUGGAGUGGACAAGAUCGAGAAGCUGGCCGCUGAAUGCGAGAGCGCAGGCUAUUCAGGCACUUUGAUCCCGUACAAGUGCGACUUAACCAGUGAGGAGGAGAUUCUGUCCAUGUUUUCUGCCAUCAAGACACUGUAUCAAGGUGUGGAUGUGUGCAUCAAUAAUGCAGGACUUGCCCACCCUGAGCCGCUGUUAUCGGGGAGAACAGAAUUGUGGAGAAACAUGAUUGAUGUUAAUGUGAUAGCAAUGGCUAUCUGUACCCGAGAGGCUUACCAGUCAAUGAAAGAGCGGAAUGUUGAUGAUGGACACAUCAUAAAUAUUAAUAGUAUGAGUGGCCACCGAGUAUGUCCAAACUCGGCCGUGCAUUUCUAUGCUGCUACAAAGUAUGCUGUAACUGCCCUCACUGAGGGCUUAAGGCAAGAGCUCCGAGAGAACAAGACGCACAUAAGGGCUACGUCUGUAUCUCCAGGGCUGGUGGAAACAGAGUUUGCAUUCAGGCUUCAUAACAAUGACCCAGAAAAGGCUGCAGCGACGUACGAGAGCCUGAAGUGUCUGAAGGCAGAGGAUUUGGCCAAUGCAGUUGUUUACAUCUUGAGCACACCAUCUCAUGUUCAGAUUGGAGACCUUCAAAUGCGGCCAACAGAACAACUGUUAUAGCAAUUUGAAAUGCAACCAUACUCAACUAGCAACAUACGUAAUGGCACGAAAAUCUCUGCUGGACAGUUUUUUUAAUAAUGUUAUGCUAAGGAGUGUGUAUGACAUAGAUGUUCUACUUCAUUUGGCCAUACUUAAAUGGUAGAAUUUGUCUUCUAUUUGCUCCAGAUAUUCUUUGCCAGUACUGGGCAAACUUGCUGUAGGAGCAGAGCCUGUUCUUUUAAGGCAAACCAUUUAACUUUAUUUUAUGUCUCCUCGAACUGCUGCAGAUCAUUUUAGUGCCAACUGUAGCAGUAAAGGUACAAAAAUGUAUGAAGGGUGAUUGCAUUUAUGUAUGUGGAGAAAAUGAUGCUUGACCACCUAACCUUUCAGCUCAUAGAGAUUUUUUUUUUAUUGUUAAACUGUGUGACUUUGUAGGUGUGCAUUAUCUGCUGAUCUCCACACUGGUUUGCACUGAAAAUCCCAUUUAGUAAAGAUAAGUGAAAAUGUAAACUGUUUUCAAAGGAUUAUUUAAAAAGUUAUAAUUGAAAAUUGAUUGUAAUAGAUAACUAGUCUCAUUGCUAUAGAGUGAUUACAUUAAUUACUUAUGUUUUUAUUGCUGCUUCAUUAUGGAUUAGAAUAAUAUUACACACCAGGAAAUAGGUUGAUCUAGUUUUUAUAUAUUUUUUUUAAAUACAGAGGAACCUAGAUUACAGAAUAAUAAUGAAACCGUAUGAUUCCAAAACAAAUUUUAAAAUUCUCUUUUUAGAUUCUUUUGACUAUUAAUGUUCAACCAUCUCUUACUGUUUUCUCUUCCUGACUGAAUACUCUGAGAUCUAUGAAUAUGCACGCAGAGGAUUGCUGAAGAAAAUUGUUCAAUGGUCUUCAGUGGCCCACAUCAUUUUAAUCCAAAAUUGAAGGGAAUUUUGGGGAUUUUAAUUAUAUUGAAAUUCAGACCAUUCAACGUGUGCUAAUGAUUUUAGAUCUUGGUUUUCAUUUCAAUCUUAAAAGUUAAAUGAUAUGCAUGACUAAUGUCAUAAUGACUAAUAAAUAUGUACUGUAAUUUAAAAUAACUAAACAAGUAAACAAUAUUUUGCUUCCCAAGUCUAUUGUUCAGCAGCGACUGAACACACAUUGCCUUGUGAUGAUUUUGUACAAAGUACACCUGCAAUGUUUGGUUGUAACCUUGUGCUGUACUUCUAAGGGGAGCAUCGGCUUUCUUUUAAGAGACCAUCAUACAGCAGUGUAAUAGUUAAAUGUGAAUAACUGAAGCCUGGAUAAUUCCACAUAACUUGUUUUGUAAAAAUACACCCUCUGGUGAUUCGAAUGCUAAUUUGGUGCAAUGGUCAGUUAUCCCUAAUCAAUAAAGUUUGAAAGGGGAUAUUUAUAUUAAGAGUUUAAAACAGCUUUUAUAUAAAUCUCUUGCAAGUUAUGGCAUGGUAGCAUAGUGGUUAGCACAAUGCUUAGCAGUACCAGUACCUGUGGGUUUGAUUCCCACCGCUACCUGUAAGGAGUUUGUACGUUCUCCCUGUGACAGUGUGUGGUGCAUGGCCAAGUGUUUAAGGUGUUGGACUAGCGAUCUGAAGGUCGUGAGUUCAAGCCCCAGCUGAGGCAACGUGUUGUGUUAAGCAAGGCACUUAACCACACAUUGUCCACCCCGCUGAAAAUGGUGUUAACCUCACGAUAGACUGGCCCCCUGUCGGGGGGGGGGAGGGGGGGGGAAGUCUCGUAUUCUCAGUCACUUCAUGCCAUGAAAACAGGCAUAAGCACCGGCCUGAUGAGCCCAUAAGGCUCAGGGCAGACUUUAACUAACCUGUGACAGUAUGUCCAAAGACAUAGUGGUUGGUAGGUUAAUUGGUCUUUGUAAAUUAGGAUUAAAUCGGGGGAUUGCUGAGUGGUGUGGCUUGAAGAGCUGUUCCGCUAUUAAAUGUCAAUAAAUUAAAAAGAGUAAGGACAGGCUUCUUUCUUGAUUGUCAUAUCAUCCCAUUCUGUCACUUUUAAGCAUCACGAUUUCACUGUGCUGCACUACCACUUUUAACUCCCAUGUGAACUAUUCAAAGUGAACUCCAGUUAUUUAUGUGUUCUUAUUAGUGCCAAAUUAAAUUCAAAGUUACUAAUCAACUUCCUGCUGGAGCUGAUUCAGAAGAUCUUAUGUGAGUUGAAUUACCCAGCUCCUCAUAUAUUUCAUACAAUUUUAGACACAGUUUUGUCACUAAAUGCAACAUUGGCUGUUUUUUUAACAUUUUAAAUAAAAUCAAUAAAAUAAGGUAAGAGAAUGUGUAUAGUAAACCUUUAGCCUUUGCAAGUUUUAGGUUGUUGAGAAAAUAUUUGUUUUUCUGCAACAAUGCUGGACUUCUAUUUUACUUUUUCCUUCCAUCAUUUCUUAAGAGUGCAGAUGGACAAAACAGAACGGGAAAAUUCUGCCCAGAUUGAUGAUUCUGUCCAUUAUCUAAUUGUCCCAUUGCAAAGUUUGUGCAUGAGUGGGUGUUUUCUCAUAUGCUUAGAGUGGGGGAAAUAAAUGGAGAUUGACCACUUCUUGUUUCUAAAGUUCAAAACUGCCUGCUAACUUGCACAAGUGUGCAUUCUCUUAUUAUAACAGAGUCAACCUAUACAGCUACCAACCAAUUCUUGUCUGACCUAUUAAUGUAUUUGCUUUCCUGCUGAAAUAAUUGAGUAAUGAUUCGUGCCUGGAACUUGAGCAGGAUUUUCUAUUUUUGAGCACUGUAUCCUAGUAAAUCCAGAACUCUGAGCCAGUGGUAUAAGUAAUAGUUUGCUUAUUCUCUGAAUAAUAAUGCACACAAAUAAUUGUUGUCAAACAUGGAGAAUGAUUUCUGCCUCGGUAUAACCAUCCUAACUACAAAAUUUUCGCAUUGAUGCAGUAAUUGAGAAAAGUUGCAGAAUUCCAUUGUGUUGUUCAUGGCCUCCAAAUAACGUUCUCAUUCUGCAUGGUGUUACUGAAUUAUUUAUCUGUGUAUUGAUGUUGAAUAUGUGACAACUGAAUAAUGAUAAAAUAGCAUUGCUGUGGCUUUGAGAGCUAACGAUCAAGCCUGCUUGAGAUAUAACCAUGUUGUUUAUCUUUCUCAACCAUCUAAAUUCUAGGCAUGAUCCCAAUUUGUCAAAUCCCCUAAAAUUGUGUUUUCCACUUUCUAAGUGCUCGACUGCCCCUCCUCACCAUGAACUGAAGCAUGUGCUCAAUUCUUUUAUCUAAAUAACCGUGAUUUUUAAAAAAUGCAUUUAUUCACUAAACGAUAUUCACAUGAAUAAUUCAACGUCAAGUAUGAAGAAUAGUUCUUGCCAUGCAGUGUGCUUGAAAACUGUUUGUAAAAUUUAGUGCUCAGGCAAAAAUCAUUUCAAACUCUUGUUUCUGUCAGAUUCUACUGUCCGCACUUGAAAUACAGUUCACACAUCUGUGAAACCUUUAUAUUAUCCUUAACUGUGAAUGAAUGCUACCGUCUUGGCAGCAAGGUUAAUAUCUCACAUGCUUUGGUAAUACAACUAGAUUUUGUUUUAAUCUGUGUACAGUUUCUUCAUAGGUUAUUUGCAUAAGUGAAAGGCCACAUGAAGUAUGAAAUGUUGCUGUCAUCCAAAGCUGUAUUCUGGUUUAAUACUCUACCAAUUACUGGUGUAACUGCUGAAACAGUUCAGGUUCACUAGCAUGAACUUUGGGACAAUUAUCAAAUGCUAGAACUAAAAGUUCUAGCCAUUUAAAUUUUCUCCAGAUUGUUUAAUAGUCCAUAUUAUGUUAUUUUACUUUCAAUUAAUUACAUAUAUCAUGGCUAGUGCAUUUUCAAGGCUUUUUGACAUUUCAUUCAAGAUGGUUUAAUGUCAUUUCCAAUACACAAAUGUAAAGGAGAAUUAAAUAAUUAUUACUCUGGAUUCGAUGCAACACAAAAAAAUACAAUAAUAUGAAGUAUGCAAUAUUUAAAAAACAGUCAAUAUAAAUAUGUAAGAUAACUUGUAUAUAUUGAUUGUAUGUACAUAAAAUGAUACCAGGUACAGGAGUGUCUGUACAAAAGGUGGCUCUGACAGGAAAUGAUAAAUUAGUUGGGGGGGAGUGGAUAGAGAUGUUGAUCAGCCUUACUACUUAGGGAAAGUAACUGCUGCUGAGUCUGGUGUGGCUGCUACAUAGCCUUCUCCUACAUACUAGCCUUUUCCUGGCAUUUUUCUAUAUAUAUAAAUAUAUAUAUAUUUCCUUGAUAAACAGUAGGCCAGAGCCAGUGAUGCAUUGGGCAGUUUUGUCUACCCAUUGUAGAGCCUUCCUGUCCACUGCCAUGAAGUGAUACAGCACUUUAGGGUGCUUUAUACUGUGCAUCUGUGGAAGGCCACAAGUAUAGAUGCGCAUAGUUCAGCUCUCUUCAGCCUCCUCAGAAAGUGGUGUGUGUUGAGCUUUCUUGAUUGCAUAGGAUGUGUUCUGGGACCGUGAGAGGUUGUUUGAGAUAUGAACUCCCGAGUGUUUGAAACCACUGGCAAUUCCACUGCUGUGCUGCCGAUGUAAAAGGGGUGUGAGCGAGGUGAUUUCAUCACCAGGUUUGCAAAUUUUUGCAAACAAGAAGUUGAAUAGUUGCCACUUGGAUAAUCACUGCUAGGAGCAAGUAUUAAAAAUAAUUAACUUGUGAAGUUUGAAGGCACACCUACAUUACAGAUGUUCAAAAGAUUGACCCUUGAUCUUCACUGCAGUAAAUUCCCUUUUAACUGCUGGUUAUAAAUUUUAAAUAAAAUACUGUUCAACAUAGUUGGUUAAUCUGAGCUGAAAACUUGUGACUUCCAGCGAGAGAACAUUACCUUUACUCUGUUGAGCAUCUAUUUUUGUUAGUUCAGAAAUUUCCAUUUGUUCCAGCAGCAUAGUUGCAAUUAUCCUUCAUCAUGAAAGAUGACCAAGGUUUAAAAUCCCAGCUGUUUUGUCCAUGAUUUUAAAAGCAUUCAAACUGUAUAUAGUCUGCACUUCAUUCUUUUUCUCAAACCCUAAUUCUUCACUUUUGCUUGCUAACCACAUGACAAUUAGUGCUCGAUCAAUUUAGGUAAAUUCAACAGAUUACUAUUUAAUUAUUCCUGCCUCUGAUCUGAUCACUGUUUGUCAUCAAAUAGUAGAAAACCUUCAUUUAUUAAUUUCAUUCUGUGUUGUCCUUCUAUAAAGUUCGGCUUUCUUAAUGCAAAAAUAAAUUCACUUGUACUUCAUAUGGAUGGGCAGAAGACAAAAGUGUUAGCAAACCUCGAUUGACCUAGACAUAUCUUGGUGAUGAAUUAUUGUGAAAAAUUGUUCGCUAGCAAACUAUUUCAAUUCUACUCAUGUUAACUUGGUUUGUCGACAGUUUUUAUAUUUAACAUGUGGAGUUAGUUUUGAGUAAGUGCAAGUUUUUCAAUUACUAUUUAAUCAACACUAUUGUACUGUUUCUGUAGAAGUUAACUGAUGCUGCUAAAUUAACAAAUGUGAAGUAUUUCUUGAGUCAUUAUAUAACUAACUUUGGUUAUGAUACUGGAUCUGCUGAAUAUUGUGAAAUCACACUGGUGAAAGUUCUGAUCAUUAGAUAAGGACAGUAGCAAAGUUAUUGAUUGCAAGUGUUAUGUAAAAUUGCAACCUUACAAGUUUCCUUUGUCUAAUGUUCAUGUUACUUUUGCAUUGUGCACAUUAAAGCACCCAAUAUAAAUAUUGUA